AUGUCAUCGUCCCUUGAUUCGACCCUCGAUGCCCAUGAGCUGGCUGGUGAACAAGGACAGCUGCUUGACCUGCUCGAGAAACUUCAAUACGCCCAGCUCGAAAAUGCCAAACUACCUCAGAUUGUGGUCGUCGGUGACCAGUCGGCCGGCAAAAGCUCCGUCCUUGAAGCUAUCACUGGAAUUCCGUUCCCUCGCGAAGCUGGUGCCUGUACGAGGUUUGCUACCGAAUUCAGAUUGCGCAGAUCUAUCGAAUCCAGCAUCACCGUAUCCAUCAUUCCCGACAGAAAUCGCCCACCCAGUGAGCAAAACCAACUGCUAGACUUUGGCCGUCUGGUCAGCAGUAGCGCCCCAUUCGAGCUCACAGUGAUUGGAGCUGCAGAACUUAUUGCUCCCAAGGGUAUUUCAGGACGCUUUGCCGCGAAGGACAUCUUGGUGGUGGAGAAGAAAGGGCCGGACAUGCCAUUGUUGACUCUUGUGGAUCUGCCUGGCUUGGUACGGAACCCCAACAAGGACCAGUCUCUUGAGGAUAUCCGUAUCAUCGAAGCGCUUUCUGAUCGCUACAUGCGGAGUCCCCGUACCAUCAUCCUGGCCGUCGUUGGCGGGAACUCGGACUACGUCCAGGCUCCGGUCCUGACCAAGGCUCGACACUUCGAUCCUAACGGCGCCCGAACCAUUGGUGUUCUCACCAAGCCUGAUCUUACCGACUCCAUCGGUCUUGAGGACAAGUUCAUUGAGCUCGUCAAGAACAAUGACCGGCGUAACAACUUUCGUCUGGGCUGGUACGUCCUGUUGAAUCCUAGUCCACGAAGUGAAGGAGAACCCUGGCCUUCCGCGGAGCAGCGCCGGUCGACUGAACAGGAUUUCUUCUCCAAGGGCAAAUGGAGCUCGCUUCCGGCAUCUAUUUGCGGAGCCAACGCUCUCAAGCAAAAGCUAAGUCUCCAGCUUCAGCAGCACAUUGGAAGACAUGUCAACGCGCUACGCAGACAAAUCCAGAAGGCUUUGGAUGAUUGUGAUGUCGAACUCAGGUCGCUUGGUACCGCCAAAAGCACUCCCGAAGAGAUGCGCCUAGAGCUCAUUGAACUGUUCUAUGCUUCAAAUGAACUCGUUGUCCCAGCGGCCCAUGGCUUCUACAAAAACCCGCCCAACAAGGAUUUCUUCCGUGUAACCGCAGAUCCAAACGGAACGCCAGCACAAAAUCUCCGUGCACGUGCCGCCGAGGAAAAUGAUCGGUUUUCAGCCAGAAUCCGAGCUGACGGCCGCAGGUUCAAGCUUUCCGCUUCCAGUGGUCCCUCUGCCACGGACAAACAAUCGUCAUCGGGCGACUCCAAAUCUGAGUACGCCCGUCUAGAGGUCAGCAGACUUCUUCAUCAGAUUCGAGGGUCCGAAUUUCCCAUGGAUUCCACACCCAGAGCGGUUUACAUGUUAUUCCAGAGUCAUUCGGAGCCAUGGCCUAGACUAGCACAGGAGCACAAGGACAACGUUGGGGCGGUCUGCAACAAUUUUCUCCGCGAGGUCAUCAACUACAUAUGGCCCCAGCGCAUGCGAGAGCCUUUGCGGCGUCACUUCAUGGACUCCCACAUGAAGGCACUGAUAGACGAAGCAGACCGAGAACUGAAACACCUGAUGCAAGAUCUGAAUCUCGAGGUCCAACCUUACGAUCCUGAAUAUCAAGAACGUCUGGUAGCCUGGAAGAACCAGGCUGCUGAGUCUGGAACAACUUACACAGAAGCCGAGGAGAUCCUGGAGAAGAUGCUGAUCUUUUACGAGCUGUCCGCCAAAACAUUCAUUCGCAACGUCAUCACCCAGGUAGUUGAACGCCAUCUCCUCCAAGGCAUGUAUGGCAUCUUCAAUCCCGCUGCAGUCAUGGCGAUGAGCAGUGAGGUAGUUGAAUCUAUUGCUGCUGAGAAUCAGGAAACACGGGACCGACGUCAAGCCUUGACGGCACAACGCAAGGCUAUCGAAGAGGCCAAAGAUGUGUGCACCAGUCUAGCGAUGCGCAAGGAACUCAGAGAGCAAUCGGUCGAGUACGGCGAUUUGAUUGAUUUCACAACUGACGAAGACGAACCGAAUUCGCCUACAAACCAACCCUCCAAGUCUUCCGGCACACCUCAACGAAGACCAGUACCCACGAGUACCCCGAAUGUAGCUGAAGGUACGCGCAGCAAUGCAUCCCCCAAGGCCACGACAAAUAACCCGCCACAACCGCCUGCGAAGAUCUCUAAUGAGGUGACGGAUGCGCGUGGCAAUCCAAUUGCACAGGCCACUAUUCGUGGGCCGCCACAAUUGCCCAUGUCUGUGCCCCCGGUACCACCGCGACAGGUCCAGAUCGCAGAAAGCCAUCACGGACAAUCAGAUGGUUCACACAGUACUCGGAGCAGAUCGCAAGCAAACCAGGAGAGUGACCAAGAUCAGAACGUUUUCACUCCACCCACCGUUGCACAACUGACCAACACAUCGCCGUCUUUUGCUGAGACCCUUCGACGACAAAAAGACACCUCCACGACGAAGAAAAAUACCUGUUCAAUUUCGUCGCACACUUCUGCCCUGCUCCUCGACGUCCCAUGUCCAGGCAGAGGUGGAAGAACUCUUGAAAGCCUCCGAACUCCCCCGGUCCUCCCGCUCCCGCCCCUACCAAAAGCUCCCCCGAGGAAUCCGCCCUCCACAAAAAUCUCCGUUUCGCACCCUCCCUCCACUCACCUUGCCCCUCCUCCUCCUCUACCGCCACCCCGACCAAGAACGCCCCCUUCCACAAGAUCGGUGCCGGCACCUGCGACGCCAUCUUCUCCCAAGACUCCAACCCCGACACCAUCCUCAAGCUCGCCAAAGACCGCACCAACCCGGAACUCUGGAACGACUUCCGCCAACACCGAAAAAUCGCCCGCUGCUUCGCCAACCUUUUUUUUUUCGGAUAAAAACCCGCCCAUCAACAUCCCCAAACCCUUCUGCUACAUCACCGCCACCAACACCUCCUUCUGGGCCGCCAAGUCCAGCGCCGGCCUCAUCCAAGCAGCAGAAAGCCAACACAUCUGCGCCGUGCCCACCAACGCCCUCGUGGCCGAGCGCAUCCUCCCCCUUCCCCUCCGCACCCGCCAGCUUCUCAUAGAGAAGUACUGCUCCCCGCUUCGCGGCGGCCAGCAGAAGGCGCUGGAUGAUCCGGCUAACGCCGAUUGUUUGGUGCGCGUCUACCUCGGGUCUACCUCUGGUAAAAGCAGCGGUCUGUUUUUUUGUUUGCAGAACCUCAAGCUGCACCUCAACCAGCUCGUCGAUUUGGGGAUUGACGUCGAGGCGCUGGCCACGCGCAUGGGACUUGCUUUGGCGGUGAUGCACUGGGGUGCGAAGACGGAUGCGAGGGAUGUGGAGUUUGUGCUGGGGAGUGGUUCGGAGGAAAAGGUCCCCCGAGAGUUGAAGGAGGAUAUCAAUGGCACCGAGGAAGAAGAAGAAGAACAAGAAGAACAUGAUGUCGCCCCCGCCAAGUACCACGGCAUGGAGAAUUUUUGGUGCAGGCAGACGGAGAUGUGGGUCCUGGACUUCAACCAGGUGAGGGAUAUCACCCUCGAUGAUGCCGGCGUGGUCUUGGCCGUGGAAGCGGUCAGGUUGAAUGAUCCGUACUUUCCCAAGCCUCUCAAGAGCUCGGAGGCGGAGAAGCAUGCGUGGAAAGCCUUCAUCGUCAGCUACAUAGAGAACUCCACCACCAUCCUCCGACAAGCCCUCCAGAACGACCAGAACUUGGCCGUGGAGAUCCUCGGUUUCCCGAGGAAGUUUAUUUUGGGCGUUGUGGAAUUGGAGAAGGAGAGGAUGUCUCGUCGCGAAGGCGGCAACACUGUAUAG